GGAGCAGGGCGGCCCUUCGGAGCUCAGACCGCUGUGGAAGCCGCCUCCCUAACGUGCAGUGCUCCGCCCCGUCCCACUCCGGGAUGGAGCCCGCCGCCGCCGCCUGGAUCACUUUCGCCAUCGGAUUUCUGCUCUGGGCAUUGGGGGAUGCGGACCCAGUCCAGGUAUCUCUGCCUUAUAUCCCAGAACCGAAGGGCAACUGCAGGGACACAGAGAGAGAAUAUUAUAAUGUCCAGAUCCAGAGGUGCUGUAACAAGUGUCCCCCAGGUCAGCGGGUGCUGCAUUUUUGUACUAGGGACUCAAACACCGUCUGCACUGACUGUGAGCCUAACCUGUACACCGAGGUCUGGAACUGGAUCAAGGCAUGCCACGGCUGUCGAGGCCGCUGUAAUCGAGAUCUGGUGGAGAUUGAGAAUUGCACUAAAAGUGGAGACCGGAUCUGUGCCUGUAAGCCUGGAUUCUUCUGUGUAGUAAAGAGUCAGAAAAGCUGCGUCAUAUGCUCCAAGUUCAAAAAGUGUCUCCAGGGCUUUGGAGUGUCCAAGCCAGGAACCUCGGAUUCAAAUGUGCAGUGUGCCUCCUGUGAGCCAGGGACCUUUUCAGACACUGUGUCAUCUACAGAUGUUUGCAAGCCCCACCGAGUGUGUCGCUCUGUGGCAGUUCCUGGUAAUGCAACCUCAGAUGCUAUCUGCACUGACAUGGUCCCUGCUCCUCCAAAGACAGAUCCACCUCUCUCCAAAAGUCAGCCUGGGUUCAUGAAUCCCAAAGAUACUAUGUGGAACUCUCAGCCGAACAUCACUCUAGGCACCUCUCCCCAGCCCCAACCACAGCCCACCGUCAGUCUGGUCUUUUCCAAUGGCUCUGUCCUUCCACUUGGGUGGAUUUUGGGCCUGAUGAUUGUCGUCCUGCUACUGAUUGGUCUGGUUUUCCGCUUCACGUUGUCUCAGAGAAAAAAGAAGCUCUUGUCCUGCGUCAAAGAGGAAACCAAAGUGCCAAACUCAGCAGCUGAGAAGUCCCAGAACUUCUUGGGCCACACCGGAACAGAGCAGCAGAACUUGCUGGAUUCAGAAGCCACCUCCAGCAGCAACUCCCUGGACAGUAUGCUGAGCUCUGAGGAAGCCAAGGAAUUCCAUGAGGCAAAGGGGAUGGAAAACAACCCUCAUCAGGCUCCAAGCUCUGAGAGUUCCAAGAGUGGCCAGGGAACCAGGAUUGGCUCCAUGAACUCAGAACAUGCCCACAGUGGAGGGACCCAGGUGAAGGUGACCUGUAUCGUCAAUGUGUGUAACUCUGAUCAUACCUCCCAGUGUUCAUCACAGAGCAGCUGCUCUGACUUUGAGGCCAGCUCCUCAGGCUCUCCCUUGAAAGAGGAUAUCCCCUUCUCCCAAGAGGAGAGCCCCAGGAAGGGCAAGCCCAGCUCCCAGAGUGCAUUGAAUACCCUGCUGCCAUAUUUAGAGGAGAAACCGCUUCCCAUCGGGAUACAGGAUAUGGGCAUGAAACUCAGUUAACGAGCUUGGCCCUUUGGCUCCCUUUCACUGGAAGGAUCUGAGCAGAAUUUGAGUGACCUCAUCAGGACAUUCUCCGAGGGAUCGCUGGACUGUUUCUGAGGCCCACCUUUUAUGGUGGGAUUCUGUUGCUUUUCUUGGGCUAGCCUCUAUCCUUCCAUGGGCCUUGCUCCUCAGAGGCCCGUCUCCUGCCUUCAGAGAGUGGGGACAAGAAGUGGCAGGGAGAGGUAUUGAAUGCCUUUGCCUUGGUUUAUCCCCUUUCUCAGUUUUCUUAUCCUGCUUUAUCUCAUCCAAAAUGCAUCAUGGCACCUGAGCUGGGAGUCAGGACAUGUAGGUCUCUCAGCUCCACCCCUAAAGAACUUUGCAAUCUCAACUCAGUCAUAUUCCCUAUCUGGGCCUCGGGUUCCUUGCCUGUCAGAUGAAGGAGAGAGACUAGAGGAUUUCUAAGGUUACUUCUAGAUGCCAAAUUCUUGGUAAGCCAAGAGUACUCUUAGAUCCUGGCCCUUCUCCCCAUGAAGACUUCAGGAUUCCUAUCCUCAUAUUCCUCUGCCAGGUUAGGAGGAAGAGAUAGCUGGGGAAUGGGAGGGAGGGUACAACCAAGGCUCAGAGAUGGGAUUAAAGCAUCUUAGCCCAUUAUGCUACAGCAGAAAGAACAAUAAAUUUAGAGUCAGAAGACCUGGGUUCGAAUCACACGUUUUGCUACUUACUACCCGUGCAACCUCAGGCAAAUCUCUUGACCUCUCUGGUCCUCGUCUGUCCAACCAGAAGGUUGGAUUAGAGGGCCUCUAUAGUUCUUUGUAGUGUUAAAUCUGUGAUCCUAUGCACUGUAGGGCCAUGCUGGAGGUGGUGGUGGGCAGGGAGUCCCUCUCAGACUCUGAGAUUUUAGGAUAGUUCAUGCUGAGUGGGAAGGGAACCUCAGAUGCUCAUGCUGGGAAGAAAGGUUUGAUUCUCGGGUUGAUUCUUGUGAUUCAAGUUCUGUGACACUUGUAACCACUGUAGAAGGUCAGUGACUGACUUUCCUGAACCUGCUGCCUUUGUACAUCCCCUCUUGGAAACCCUGCUCAUUUGGGUUUCAUAAUCUGAAGAAAUCAUUGUAUGGUGUCUUGCCUUUAGCAAAAAACUCCCCUUUCGUAUGGGAGUAUGGUAUAGGGGACUAGAAUGAGCGAUCUGGAACCAGAGGGCCAGGUUCAAAUCUUGGCCCUUCUGUGCAUUACCUGUAUGACCUUGGGUUAUAACUUUCCCUCUCUGGGCCUCAGUUUCCUCAUCUGUAAAAUGGAGUAGGUCACCUCUAGGAGACCUUCUAGUUCUAAAUCUAUAACUCUGGGAGGAGACAGGAAUUGGAGCUAUAUGAGGCCCUGUGAGCCAUUCAAAAUCUACCUCAGGUUGGGGCUUGUCCCUGGCUGUGUCCUUUUUUGCUCUCUUCCCCUCCACCUUUACCUCAGAGCCCUAGGGUCCAGGAGAAGUCACUGGGCCACAUUUGUGCCAUAUCCCCAAAGACCUGAAUUUGUGUUGUGAGAAUGUGUAUAUUUGUGCAUGUACGCUGGAAAUGUUUUGUGUACUGUGGAAGAGACUGCUGAAUAGAAUGUUCUAUUCAAUUCCACAAACAUUCAUUAAACUCCUACUGUGCGCAGGGCACUGUGGAUAAAAAGACAGGAAACUGUUUCCAGUUCUCUAUGAACUUUUCCUUCUUCUGGGGGAUUCUGGAAGUCAGUUUGGCCAUUUUCUAGAAGUCCAUCAAACAGUCAUAGGCGGUGCACUGCCGUGGACAGUGGAUGAAUUUGGAGUCAAUUUGGAGGCCUAGAGUUCAAAUCCCAACUCUGCUGCUUGCUUGCCAAUGGAACCUUGGGCAAGUUUGUUGACUUCUCUGUAAAAUGAAGAGGUUGGACUGGAUGACGUCCACAGUCUCUUCCAGAGCUAACUGUGAUCCUGUGAUUGUCAACUACCCUCUCAAGGAGAUUCUGGGAGUGGCCAGAUCCAAAAUGGAAUCAGAUUCCAUGAUUCUGGCUCAAGUGAAAGCCAUUCUAACCAACCUCGGGGGCAAAAGAGAAAAUUCACUGGACUUGAGUGUAGCCCUUGGCAGCUGUGAUCAUUGGUUUAUUAAGAUUGGCUCCUGUGCCUUUCUCUCUUUUGAGGACUCCAUCCUUAAAACAGAAACCUGCACCCUGAACACCCUAGGCCAGGUCAUUCAAUUGAUGGGAAGGGAGCCCCCUCUAGUGGCCACUUGCAGAAAUGCCUCAUUCCCAUCUUUUGGGAAAGACUACGAUUUCCUCACUCUAAGUUUCUGCCUGAGUUCCCAAAAAGGCAAGUGUCCUGGGCAUGAUGAGAGUUUGUGCUGUAUAGUAAAACAAUUUUUCAAUAAAAUAUUUUCUACUUUUAAA